AUGGCAGAACAAGAGACACCGCAGAUGGUGCACGUGUUCCAGCAGCAGCGGAUGAUGACCCAGGCUCCUGCAGUCGCGGCUGUGCAGGAGAUUUACUGGCAGGACAUUACCCGCAACAAGAGAGGCCCUCCAACUCCUGUGGCAAGCUCGGCAGCAACGCCACAAGAGACCACACCGGACCUCACUGGACCAACCUUGGUGCAACCGUGGUCAUAUGAAGACCACACCGCCAGCCAACUGGUCGCAGCGGAGUACGGCGUGAACAUCAACCAGCAGUCUGAAGUGGAGGCGUGGCUGGCCAAGCCAGCAACAACCAAUAAGGAAGUGCUUCAGCUGGUUCGGAACUACCACGCCAAGGUCAUCAGACCCGAGAUGUAUCAUCUUGUCCUACAGCUAGAAACAGCUUUGGGAAAAGUGGGGGACGAGUUGUUCGUGACUCGCCAGGAGCUCAUGUGGAUGGCGGCAGACAACCGCCAGCAGCAAAAGCAGGCUUGCGCCCUGCAAAUCAUCACCAGUGGAUGGCCCCAAGGCAUGUCGCCGCAGGCCAGAGAAUUCCAGCUCUCGUGGAUGCUGCAACAGGUGCCCAAGAUCCGCAAUUUUCUGGAAAUUCGUGGAAAUAUAGAUGACCACACCGCCGAGCAGACAGCGAGGUGGUUCAACGUCUUCUCGGUCGACCCCGUGACCAUACCGCAGGGCCAGGAGUGGUGGUCCAGCAUGACACUCUUGACGUUCAAGAGUUUUGACCUCCGUGCUUCCUUUCUGGAAAGGUAUGGAGGCACAGGAGGCACGCCAAUCUACUCCAAUGAGACCACACCGCUUACCGGCAAGCACGUCCGAGUAAGCCCGUGCAGCCCUCAGUGGCAAAGAAAGCUGGAAUCGCCGCUACGAGUCCUCAUCGCCGUCCUCAACCAGCAUUCGGAUUACACCGGACAGUCGUUGACGAUCCUGUGGAAGACGCUCACGCUCAUGCAGCCCAGCACAGAGCGUGGAUUCCAACCGGACGUG